AUGGCCGGUGUUCUAUACAUCGACCAAUCCUUCAGCAAGGUCACUGUCAAGCCUGUCCACCCCACUUUCGGCGCUGAGGUUCAGGUUUCUGACUGGGACAACCUCGACGAUGAGGGCGUCCAGGAGAUCAGCAGAGCUUGUAACAAGUAUUGCUUCGUCGUCUUCCGGAAUACCGGUCUUUCCGACAAGGCCCAUGUCGAGUUCUCUAGAAGACUAGGCGACCUCGACAACAUCAGCCGCUUCAUCACCGACGAGCGUAAGCUGCGGUACGAGUAUCUGGAGCUUUUCGACGCCGGAAACAUCGCCGAUGACGGCACUCUCCUCGACCCCGAGAGCACACGUGCUCACCACAACCGGGGCAACCAGCUCUUCCACACCGACUCCAGCUACAACUUCCGCCGCGCCAGCUACUCCCUCCUGCGCGCCGUCGAGCUGCCGCCCAAGGGCACGGGCGGCCAGACCGAGUUCGCCGACACCCGCACUGCCUUCGUCGAGCUGCCAGACGCUCUGAAGCGUGACCUCGUCAAGAACAACUACGUCGGCUGCCACACCCUCGCCCAGUCCCGCAAGCUCGGCUCUCCCGAGUACUUCAAGGCCGUCGACCCGAGCAAGUUCCCUAUGGCCCGCCACCGCCUCGUCCAGGUCCACGAGGGCAGCGGCCGCGUCAGCCUCUACGUCGGCGCGCACCUGCACCACAUCGAAGGCCUGUCGGACGAGGAAUCGGUCAAGCUGCGCGACAUGCUCAACAAGCACGUCACCCAGCCCAAGUAUAUUUAUACUUUCGACUGGGAGCAGCCGGGGGACAUGAUCAUGUGGGACAAUAGGGCCACGCUGCACCGCGCGGCAGGCGGCUCCUUCGCCGGCAAGUACCGCCGCGACCUGCGCCGGACGACAGUCCACGACGACAGCGCCAACGCCUGGGGCCUCAACGACGCCGAGGGCGUCACGGCGCUUGGCUACAAGGUCAGCGCUAAGACACUCGACUCCGCCGAGGUUACACCUGCGGCUAAGACGACCGCAUCUAGCACGACCGCUCCCGUCCCUGUUGUUGCUGCUUCGUGA